AUGUUAUUUACCGUACUCGGAGUUAUUGCUCUCUUCCUGAGAGAAAGAAACAUCAAUUCCACCGUCUCAGGUCAAGAUGAAAGAUUCGACCGUCAAGGAGAAUUGGUCACGGUACCCCCCGUGACCAACAGUGAUGGUCGAGAAAUCGGUGACUGGUGUGAAGAUUCAUCUUUGCAUCUGGAGGAACAGAUCAAUGUUCAGACUGAGGAACCAUCACUGGAGGAACCUGUUGAUGGUCAGAGUGAAGAACAAUCACUGGUAGAGCCUGUCAGUGUUCACGGUGAAGAACAAUCACUGGUAGAGCCUCCUGGCUCUAGUCAUGAAGACCCCCCAAAUGUGGUCUCUGCUGAGCCCGGCUCUAGUCAUGAAGACCCUCCAAAUGUGGUCUCUGCUAAGCCCGGCUGUAGUCAUGAUGACCCUCCAAAUGUGGUCUCUGCUAAGCCCGGCUGUAGUCAUGAUGACCCUCCAAAUGUGGUCUCUCCUAAGCCCGGCUGUAGUGCAACCUGUCAGACAGAGGGCGCUGUUCCACCUCAGCCAGAAGAGCAGAAGGAUAAAGACACACAGAUCAUUGAGAUCAACUCACAGCGCUAUGAAAUUGGCGCUAAGCUAGGCAAAGGAGGCUUUGGAGUCGUUUUGGCAGGGACCCGUUUAGAAGACGGCCUUCCGGUGGCUUUAAAAAUGUCCGAUUUCAAGGAAAAGCGAUUCAUCCGUGUUGAUGAUUUUGACCAGCCACUUCCAUCGGAGAUUGCUCUGCACUUUCUUGCCUCUAAAGACCCCAAGAUUAAACAAGUUGUUCAGCUUCUGGACUGGAAAGUGGAGGAUAACUGCUACUUUAUGGUCCUAGAGCGGCCAAUACCCUGUGUGAGCUUAACUGAAUUUAUAAGAAACCACCGAGGCAGAAUCGCAGAGGACGUGUUACGGAAAAUCAUGUUCCACACAACAACUGGAGCUGACUUGUGCUGCAAACGCAGAGUGUUGCACCGCGAUAUCAAGCCUGACAACUUGCUGAUAAACCCAGAGACCUUUGAAGUCAAAUUGAUUGACUUCGGGUGCGGUGACCUCCUUACUGACGGCUUUUACAGAGAGUAUUGGGGCACAAUGACGUUCAGCCCUCCCGAGUUUAAUAAGAAUGGCUUAUACUUAGGGGAGCCAGCAACAGUGUGGUCACUCGGGAUUCUUCAGUAUGUCCUAAUGUUCAAAAAACUUCCAGACAGCCGUAAAAUCCUCAGGUUGAAUUUCAAAAAGUUACAGGAAUAUGGGUGGUCAGCAGAAUGCUGUGAUUUCAUCCGCAGUUGUCUGCAGAUUAACUACACCUUUCGGCAUAACUUGCAUGCACUCCGUGCCCAUGCCUGGUUAAAGGUAAUGAAUAGAUUAUGA